AUGGAAAGACCAACCUGCUUUGGCAAGCAGGAACCUCGCAAACGAUACUGGGACCUCUUGGAUUUCUAUGAGGAGGCCCUGGAGUAUCUUGAGGCCACGAUCAGCGACCACCUCAUCAGCACGGAGCACUCAUGGCCGACGAGCUGGGUGUCUUUGUUGUUGUUUGUCCUCGCUUCUGAGAUCCUCCUGUUGAUCACCUACGGGAGGUAUGCAGCCCCUUUUGGAAGCGGCCGGAAGAAAAGAGUGAAGCCUGCCUGGCUCCAGAUGCUCGUAGCUUUUGGGAUGCUGGUUGGAGGGGGAGCAAUGAACCCCAGCUCUUCGGCGACGGCUCCGAGCCUUGGAAGACCCUCCAAUUGGUGGGCGCAUGACUACACCCCGGCUGAGCAAUAUGCAUGGGCACAGCAACGCCUGAUUUGGGACUGCCCACUACACAGCGGAGGCCUGCUGCCUGGCCAUGCCUAUGCAGCUGGACCUCCGAUUGUCGAACCGAGACCACCGGAUGCCGUCGACGAUGAGGAGCCGGAGCCGGAACUCCUCGAGGACCCCUCUGAUGACGAGCAUCAUGCGGUACAUGUCUCGCUGUGGCUGUGCACUCCAUGGUCGCAACCAGAAAGCAUAGAGGUCGCGAUGCCCUUCCCGCUCCACCUCGACGACCUCUAUGAUGCGAUUCGGGACCCACGCAAUGCCAGUGCACAACCUUGGCUGCAACAUGUCGUGGCCACCAACCCGCAGGUCCAUGAUGAGUUUGCGAGCUUUGUCCUCCUUCCGGAAUGGAUUGAUCAGACUGACAAAAGGGCUAUUGUUGUUGAUGCUCGAGACAUUGGGGGCCCAAUCUUUGCCACCUACAUCAAUGGUCGUAUCAACCGGUUCAACAUGCUACAGCAGGCGGAGAAGGGCACUGAGGAGCCCUUUGAGGUCUUCGUGGGAGGAGAUUUGGCACCCUUAGGUCCCGAGGAAAGCCGCACUCCAGAAAACGGUCUCCUGGUGAAGAUCAUUGCGAGAGGUGCGGUUAUAGACUGGGCGAGCCCUCUCCAACCCCGGCUGUCUCAGCCUGCUGCAUGGAACCCGGACACAGAGCACCCACAGGCGCCGCCAACUGCACGAGGCAGGCACAUCGCCUUCCAGACUCAGCAAGAGCAGUAUCUGCACCGUGCGAGGCGACAGGAUGACAACACACCGGAGACUGUUGCAGCUUGGGCAUUCAAUCUCCGCCCGACAGAUUUCUGGCUGAGGGCACCCACAGAUCGCCCCCAAUAUCUCUGCUGGCGUGGCUGUAAAGUCCACUCUCUUGUUGCUGUGGUUCCUCAGGAGCUCCACGCCCGAGGGACGGUUCAGAUCAUUACCCUCGACCUGCGGGGCAUCGCUUAUUGGCCUCAGUGGACAGCUGUUCGCGGCAACAUCUUCCACCCAGGCGACUUCGUUGAGUCCUUACAAAUUGAGGUUAUUCCGGGAUUCUCAAUAGUCGCCGUCGGUGGGAGACGACAUGGAGACGGAGGACACAUCUGGGUAAACGAUGGUGAUGUCGUGGAGAUCCAUCUCCGCCGAACAGCUACUAUCACCCCUACGGAGGAGUGUGACUCGGACUCUGAAGGCCCUGGAUUGGACAACCAGGAGGAUGAGGAGAGCGAGACCGUUGAUGCAAUGCCCGGAUCCUCGGAGCUGUCGGAAGGUAGCCCGCCUCGGGGCCCAGGCCCAUUUGGUCCGCCAAGGCCAACUCCAGUCAACCGGAGUCGUUCGCCCCACCGAAGGCAUGAUGGCAGUCGGCCACCGAGACGAGAAGGCCGCGAACCGGAACACGAGCCAUCUACGGAUCAUGCACUACAAGUUCGCCUAAGUGACCACCUCCCGGCGGCCUCCUUCGACAUGACGGUUGAGAAGCUCGACUUCGAACAUGACGGCGACAAAGUGAACCAAACCUUCCAGGCAUGGCCUGCUGAAUGGCUGCUCCAAGAUUUCGGGAGCCUCCCAUGGAAACCCAUCACCCAGGUGGCUAUGGCGGGCCUUAUGCACUGGGCUACACUGCUUUUACGUGUAAGCCCUGAAGGAGCACCUGACGUGCACAUCUACACAGACGGAUCGUACCAGGCCCAACACAACUGCAGCGGAUAUGGUGCUGUCAUGUUCCUACAUUACGGAGGUGAUUGGGCACAUUUCGGCCUCUUUGGGGAUGCUAUCUUGGGUAGCGCGGGGUCCCCUUGGAGACAAGAGGAGCCAUACCCGCUCAUUGCGGAACAGGUUGCCAUCGCGAUGGCUUUGCUUUGGCUUGGCCAACUGAUCGGCUACCUCCGCAUUGCAACGGCAACGAUCCACUUUGACAACCAGGCCGCUGGCUGGGGGGCAGAUGGUACAUGGUCGCCUUGCAACGAACUUGCGGGGAAAAUUCGGGAAACUGAGGCGUAUGUCCGGGGCAUGAUUGGGGGUCGGCUCUCCUUCGCCUACGUGAAAGCCCAUGCCAAUGACCCAUGGAACGAAAUGGCUGACGUUGUCGCCAAGCAAGCGGCCAAUAUGAGCUCGCUCGUCCCCAGGCCUCCGACAACCAAUGUGGAGGCCUUCAAUGACCUCCAGGCGGCAUGGCUGUCGACGGCAACUCUUGGAGCAGCCAACGGUGCCCUGCCAAUCAAAGCGGGACGGUGGCUGGAAUGGAGCCAAGAAUGCCCAUGGGAUCAAGACAUGAUCGACCCAAGUGACCUGAUACCUACGGUGUCAGGACUGCGACUUGCCAAAACCUCGCAGAUUGAGACCAAGGUCAUCACGGUCAACCUGCAGGGAUUGAAGGGCAAGCAUGCCUACAUCGAGGAACAGCUCGCAUGGAGACAAAGCCGCAUUGUUUUCCUUCAGGAGACAAAAGAUCACGAGGGCCUGAUCACCAGUCGCAAGUUCAAAAGACUGGCUAGUCCGGCCCAGGUGCACUGGGGCACUGCUAUUUGGCUCAAUGCUACGGAGGGAGCCUUUGACAUCAACAACCAGCCGGUGUACAUCGAGGAUAGCGAUGUUACGGUCCUCCACAGCCAGCCGCGACUCUUGAUUAUUCAAAUCCUCAAGGCUGGCCUCAAGAUCAUUCUCUUUUCCGCCCAUAUCCCCCAUGAAGCUCGAGGUCCGGAGGCGACUGCGAUUUUGGCUACGAUCGAAGGCCUCCUGCACCGGACAGGGGACGCCACCAUGAUCAUCGGUGGCCUUGACGCCAAUGCAAGACCGCCCCCCCACUACGGGCAGGUCACCGGAGGACAACAAUUCGAUGAGCCAGACAACCAGGGUACCAGACUCGCCGACACUUUACAGGCGACUGGACUUUGGCUGCCAUCGACGUUUGAGGGAAUCCAUGUUGGCCCGGAUUACACCUUCCAACACGUCAAUGGAAGCCGGCAUCGCAUCGAUUUCGUCGCCAUCGGUGGCGAAAGUCGUACUACUUUGGUGUCGACGGAAGUGGUCCCGGACUUUGACACCGCCAACUCGGUUGUGGACCACAUUGCCCUUGAGGCUCAUAUCCGAGCCGUCACCGGACCCAUUUCAGCUGCAUGGAAAUUGCACCGACCCAAGUAUGACAGGAAGAAGAUGGGUACAGCGGAAGGUAAGGCCAUCAUCCGAGAGGCCUUGGAGCGAUACCAGGUCCCGAAGUGGGAGGUCGGGGUCAAUCAGCACUGCCAGCACUUCCAGCGAUACCUUCAGCAAGUCUUGCAGGACAACUUCAAGGUCUUGGCUGGUGGCCCAAGAGCUACCUACAUUUCCAAUGAGGUUUGGACAUGGAGGGCCGCCAAGCUACGACUGAAGCAAAAGACAGACCACAGACGGGAAAUAUGGAGUGCUGGCCGUCGAUGGGCCUUUGAAAAGUGGGCCCGUGGGGGCAACUUUGCCAGCAAGGCGAUGGCGAAGCACCAGCUCCUUUAUCAACUGGCUGCAUCGGCGAUUUCCUGGACCACUGCUCGUAUCAAGCGACAGAUCCGAGCAGACAAACAAGAUUUUCUGCAGAGCCUCGUUGCGGAUGGAGUACAAAACAUUGGCCAGAUGAUGAAGAGGGCGAAACAGGGAGGAAUUGGAGGCAAGAAGGCAAGGCCCAGAGCCCAGCCAUUACCACGACUCUGUGAUGCGGACGGAGUGGUGGCUGCCGACCGCGAGCAGCGUGAUAUGGUGUGGCUGCGUCAUUUUGGUGACCAAGAAUGCGGCCACAUCCUCCCGGUCGCUGACUACGUGCAGUCGAUGUCCAGAAGUGGUCGCGAAACCUCCGAUCUAGAAUGGUCGUUGCAAGAAAUGCCAACUCUUGCGGAAACAGAAAGGGUUCUCCGCCUGACCCCAGCCGGGAAAGCCAUGGGGCUGGACAAUAUACCUGGAGAGUUACUCCGCGCCGAUCCAUCGCGGUUUGCGGAGAAAAUGCAUCCAUUGGUGGUCAAGUCCCUGGCUUACAUGACACAACCAGUUCAAUGGAGAGGAGGCAUAUUGCAUGCUGCAUUCAAAGGUUCGGGCCCGGUCGACCAGCCCUCGAACCACCGCUCGCUAUUUGUGAGCAGCAUGCUUGCCAAGGCAUUUCACAAGCUCAUACGCUGUCGCGGCCAGCAAGCCUUGCAAGGGGUUCUGCACGGGCUACACCUUGGCAGCAGGCGAAAUGCCCCCCUUGGCUUUGCUUCAAUGAGCCUUCUGUCGCAUGCCCGUUGGUGUUAUCGUCUGAAAAGGAGCUACGCCAUACUCUUUAUCGACACCACAGCUGCUUACUAUCGAGUCCUGAGACAGGCAGCUGUGGGGCCACUGGACACAGACGAGAACGUGGCAAGACUUUUGGCCAAGUUUGGCAUGGUGCCAGAAGACAUGCACACCCUGCUCGACCUCGUGAAGCAAGGAGGCUUGAUGAAGGAGGCCGGAAACUCUGCGGUGGUUCAGGCGGCGUGCGCCGACUUCCACAGAGACACUUGGUGCGUCUCAGCCUACUCAAGCGGGGACAAAGUGGCUGUCACCACGACAGGGUCAAGACCUGGCGAAAGUUGGGCGGACGCGAUCUUCGCAUACAUCUAUGCGAGAACGAUGGGCACGCUGGUCGAGCGGGCAGAUGGAGAAGGACUCUUGACCCGUCUGCUGUACAACCAGCAGGAUGGUGUUUUCGGGCACCCGGCACAAGGCACGUCAUGCCUUGUCCGGGACUCCACUUGGGCGGACGACUCAGCGGUGCCAGUGGACAGCGACGACCCUAUCCAGUUGGUCACCAAGGCUAAAAGGCUAGCCUCGCUUGCGGUCGCUACCCUGGAGGAGUUCGGUUUAGCGCCCAAUCUCAAACCGGGCAAGUCGGCCCUCAUGAUCUACGUCGUCGGCCGUGGUGCCCAACAAGCUCGACGAAGCAUCACCACCGGCAGGAAAUCAGAGGUCUACCUCGACGACCUCCGAGUCAAGGUCCAUGUCGCCCCUCAAUACACGCAUUUAGGAGGUGUGCUGGACCCCAAAGCCACUUUGAAAGCUGAAGCACGGAGGCGACUGGCAAUGCUGGGUUCUGCGUUCGACCAGGGAAAGCGACUCCUGUUUCAGAAUGCCACUAUCUUGCUGCCGAUCAGGGUCAAGUUGUACGAGGCCAGUGUCCAAGCAACGCUCUUCAACCUCCUCUUGUGGAUUCCGGAGGGGCCAUCGUGGGAGAAGCUGUCCAGUGGCUACUCUCGAUGCCUUCGGCGCCUGCUGGCGACAGAAGUCAAGGGCGACCAGUUAUUCCGCGUGCCGGAGCCCUUGGUUCAUGUCGUGACAGACAGUUGGUGCCUCUCCCUGGUAGCCAUGAGAAGCCGACUCGGCUUCCUCAGUGCUUUGGUCCGUCACGGGCCAGCGAUACUGUGGGCGGAGCUACAAAAAGAGGCUGCGUGGCUGCAGUGUGUGCGCUCCGAUCUACGCGAGUUGGCUACGUUUGAUGGGUCGUGGCCGAAGGUCGAAGCCACGGAAUGGCCGAAAUGGGCCGAGCGUAUCACUGCUGCGCCAAACCGCUUCAAACUCAGUGUCAAGAAGAUGUUGCGGAGCAAGCACAAGGCUAUGAUUGCCGCUUUCAAGAUUGACCUGGUUCUGUGGGCCCUCUACCGCGCGGCGAAGAACCCUGAGGCAGCCGGCGCCCCCACCAGCCCGAAGUGGAUUUGCAGAGCAUGUGACAAGAGUUUCAUGUCUCGGGGGGGAUUGGGCGCACACUUCUUCAAAACGCACAAAAGAAGGGCUGACUACAGGAACUACGUCCAUGGCAGCCUUUGUAAAGGCUGCGGGCGGGAGUUCUGGUCGCUGCCCCGACUCUCCAUCCACCUCCGAGACACGCCGACAUGUGUUGCGGCGCUCCGAGCCCAAGGUGUGCGACAGGAAGUGGUUGCCCCCGGAUUGGGCAGCACAAAAUGGCGGCAACUCGAGGAGGAGCAGUUCACGAUGGCCCCUACGGCACAGGUGGAAGAGCCUACCGCCGUGGUUGCCAAAAGGGGGUGGAGUGACACAGCGACAGCGGCCUACCAAGACGUUUGCGGCAAACUGCUGGACAAGCCCCAAUGGAACACAGUCAGGGAGAUCCAGCAGGUUAUUGUCGAAAGCCUGGUGAACUACCCCCUCUAUGCGGAGGAGGAAGAAGCGGUGAUGAGCUACAUCUCGGACGAGGUCGAGUACCUCUCCCAGAACGUGCCGGAGGAUAUGUGGGACAGUGAGUCCACGGCGAAUGUCCUCUAUGCCCUGCAGCAUGUGCCGCCUCCUGCGACAGCGACUGAGGGGCCGAACUGGGCGACUAGCUGCUCCCUCAAAGACUUCCGCGAAGCGGUUACGGCUGUUGAAUGGAAUGAGAUUUCUAGACGGUCUUGUGAGAUCAGCGGGACCCCGACACCGGAGCCUGAAAUCCUGUCGAUCAACUGGGAAGCUGGAGAGUUGAUUUGCAGUGGCGACGGUCAAGCUCUAGCCGCGACUCGAGACCUUUACAUGAUUGUCCCGAAGAAGCUCCGCACAGUUUGGGCUAAGAUCGUCGACGGACAACCCGUCAGACCUUUGGUGGUCAGAGGGCAGUGCCUCUAUCCAGACACCUUCCAUAGAGUGUUCUUGGACUCCCUCAUCAUACCGGAGGAGGGCCCGCUUCUGCAUCAUCUUUGCCCAGGCACUCCGCCGUAUGCGGCGCAGCACUACCACCAUCGCAGCGCGCGAAUCCGUGCAGCUUUGUCUCACUCCCUCCCGGAAGCGCAGGCUGCUGGAUAUCCUGGGGACGGAACUCCCCCCGCAGCCUUUGAGAGCUCACUAGAACCGGCCAGCAGUUGGGAUUUUCGAGUGCUCAUCUACGAGGUCUCUCACGAAGAUCCGUUGGAUAUGCACUACAAGAACAUAGAAAAGAUCAAGCAGAAAUUUGUUUGUUCAUUGCUUGUGGUCACCACGAACCACAUCAUUCUUUGCCAGGAGCGAAAACUGCAGCUCUACUCCUUCCAGGGUGUUCUGGAAAGGGAGUGGAACUUGGAUGCGCUCAUCCGCUACAUCAAGGUAGUCGGCGGCGCACCCAAGCGAGAGGGCCUCCUCGUCGGCCUAAAAAAUGGCCAUGUCAUGAAAAUCUUUGUCGAUAAUGCUUUCCCUGUGACGCUCAUCAAACAGGCAACGGCAGUGCGCUGCCUCGACCUCUCCUGCAGGCGGAAAAAGCUUGCGGUGGUGGACGAGACAUCCAACCUGCUGGUGUAUGACCUUGACACGCAGCAGCUGCUGUAUCAGGAGCCAAACGCCAACAGCGUGGCCUGGAACACAGAGAUGGAGGACAUGCUGGCUUACAGCGGCAGCAACAUGCUGUGCAUCAAGACUGGCAACUUCCCUCCCCACAUGCAGAAGCUCCAAGGCUUUGUCGUGGGCUUCAAAGGAUCCAAGAUCUUUUGCUUGCAUUACAUAUCAAUGCAGACGAUCGAUGUGCCUCAGAGCGCGUCGUUGUACAGAUACAUAGAAAAGAAGGACUUCGAUACUGCCUACCGGGUAGCCUGCCUGGGCGUCACAGAGGCAGAGGGGAGAUUGACUAUGGACCUGCGGCAGUUCACCCUCGGGCCUGUGGUGCGCACUGGCAUCACUGUCCCAGACGCGCUCGCUGGGGCAUUGCACUUGCGGAAAUACCAAACUGCGGCACAAAAGCGCGAAGGCCAAAAGGUGACAGAGCAUGGCUGUACAGCAUGCAUGUGCAACUUGCCGCACGACUUAAGCUGCAAUGCUGGCUGCGACAAGGGCUUCCUCAAGUCGCGGGAGACCUGCACUGCUAACUCUCCUUACAAGGAGUUUAUGAGGCUAGCAGAGCAGAACUGGACUGUUUUGGGGAAAUUCCACUUCCAACCGAGCGCGAUCCUGCCUUACUCGACGGUCUUGGAGAACAUGCACAGGUUUCGCAUGAGCAGGAUAGUUGGACCGCAGUUGCAGCACCAGUCGCUGGGUGCAGUUCCUCUUCUUGGAUGA